ACUCCAACCUUAUAAAUAUCUAUCUUUCCAUGCUCCUCUGCUAUUAGUGCGGCUCUUGUUCUUCUGAAACAGACGCCAAAAGGAGAACUCCUUCCUAGAUCCAGAGACCAUGUGAGUUAGUCACAUUUAGCCUAAAAAUGGAGGAGAACCUUCCUCCUGGCUUUAGAUUCCACCCCACGGACGAAGAGCUCAUCACUUACUACCUAAUCCGCAAGGUCUCGGACUUCAGAUUCACCGCUAAAGCCAUUGCCGAUGUUGAUCUCAACAAGUACGAGCCUUGGGACCUCCCAGGGAAGGCAAGCAUGGGGGAGAAAGAGUGGUACUUCUUCAGCUUGAGGGAUCGCAAGUACCCCACAGGGAUGCGUACCAACCGGGCAACCGACGCCGGUUACUGGAAGACAACAGGCAAAGACAAGGAGAUCUUCCACUGUGCAGUCUUGGUUGGGAUGAAGAAAACCUUGGUGUUCUACAAAGGAAGAGCUCCCAAGGGGGAGAAGACCAACUGGGUGAUGCAUGAGUACAGGCUCCACACCAAGUUCCCCUACAGAACCACAAAGGAGGAAUGGGUUGUGUGCAGGGUUUUCAAAAAGAACUCCGAUAUUAAGAAGACGCAACCGAACACCUCACCAUUGCCUCCGUUGCUCGAGUCUCCAUGCAGUGCAACCUCCUUAAGUGAGCUUGGAGAACUUGACGUGCCAACCUUAAGCAAUCUCGUCUACACCUCGAACGGUCCAGAUGGAAUGCUAACUGCUGACAACAUCAACAACAAAGUGGAUAUGAACAUGUACAUGAAUUGGGUCUUAGGUAGAGAAGCCACAAGCCAACCCUCGCUUCCAUGGUCAUCAGGCUUGUUAAGCAUGGGCUACUCACCAAGUCCAGCAAUACUGAAGGCAAUGCCAUUCAAUGGUUAUCAACCACAAGAAGCCACCAAUCUCACAAGCUCAAGUUCUUUCACAGUACAUGGAGAUCCGAUCCUUGGAAAUGAAUCAAAAUUGAGCUUCCCUCCCUCUUCCUUUAAAGGUACGGAGAUCACACAACAAGAGCAGCCAUUGGAUCAAGAAUCAAUUUGGAGAGGGUAUUGAUUGUGUGAAAAGACAAACUAUUCAUCAGUUGUUAAGUUCCUCUUAGUAUUCGGUAUUUAUUAAGUUUGGUUAAAUGGGAUCAAACUCUUGAAGUGCAGAAUUAAAUUAGACAGCCGGUUAAGAAUACAAUGUUCAUCAAUUGCUAAGUAGGUAUUGUUGGAAAGCAAAUGUAUACUUGGGAACAAAGUUUGUCCAAGUUAUGAAUAUGUAUCAAAUGAAGCUGCAUUGGUUAAUUUCGUGGCCCGUGAGAAAAGAAUGUUUCUGUAUU